AUGGCGACCGCCAAGCACGUCGUGAAGCUCUGUGACAUGCCUCCAGACAUGGAGCAAGAUGCUGUGAGUACGAGCCUCGAUGCGAUGGGAAGGUUUGACACGGAGAAGGAGGUUGCUCAGUACGUGCGCAAACGCUUUGUCGACAAGUACAAGGGCGUGUGGCACUGCAUCAUCGGGCGGAACUUUGGCUCCUUUGUGACGCACGAGGCUCAUCACCAUAUUUACUUCUACUCUGGCCAGACGGCGGUCCUCCUCUUCAAAACAGGCUGA